CUGUAGUUUUUAGUUGCACAACCGCUGGUGAGUGAGAAGGUGUACAAAUUGCCAAUUGCAACUGCUUGCAUUCUCUGAUAUAGUGAACUUUACAGCUUACAAAAGUAAUAUUUACUUUAAGCAAUAUUUACUUUAAGAAACCAUGACAUCACGCUUCUAUAAAUUUGGAGUGACUGCUUUGAGCGCUUGUAUCGGUUCCCUUGCUGCCACUUGGGUUUGCACCGACAGAAAUAGUUCACCAUAUGUGGUCCAUAAUGAAAUCGCACGGCCACCGAAGAGAAAGCGUACUCUACCUCCUCGCCCCGAACAAAUGAAAAGUCUUCAAAGUGGAGAAGAAUAUGAUGUUUUAAUAAUAGGCGGUGGUGCAACAGGGGCUGGUUGCGCAUUGGAUGCAGUUACAAGGGGUUUGAAAACAGCUCUUGUGGAAGCGGAUGACUUUGCUAGUGGAACAUCUUCGCGGUCCACAAAGCUAAUUCACGGAGGUGUUCGCUAUUUGCAAAAAGCUAUUCUUGGGCUAGACUUUGAACAGUAUAGAAUGGUAAAAGAAGCUCUGCAAGAACGAGCAUCUAUGCUUGAGUCAGCCCCACAUCUUGCUCAUCCUUUACCAAUAAUGUUGCCAGUAUAUCAAUGGUGGCAAGUACCCUACUAUUGGGUUGGUAUUAAGUGUUACGACCUUGUUGCGGGUGAUAGAAAUGUCAAAAGUUCAUAUUACCUUUCUAAGAAAGAUGCCUUGGAACUUUUCCCUAUGUUAAAAAAGGAUAAACUUUGUGGAGCCAUUGUCUAUUAUGACGGACAGCAAGAUGACGCGAGAAUGUGUUUAGCGGUGGCCCUCACUGCAGCACGACAUGGGGCGACUGUUUGCAAUCACGUUGAGGUUAAAGAAUUAUUGAAGAAAGAUGAGAAUGGCAAAAAGGUACUUUGCGGAGCAAAAGUCAAAGACAACAUCACCGGAAAAGAAUUUACAGUAAAAGCAAAAUGCAUUAUCAAUGCCACUGGGCCAUUUACCGAUUUUAUACGAAAAAUGGACGAUCCGAAUGUAAAAACUAUUUGCUGUCCCAGUUCAGGUGUACAUAUUGUUCUUCCUGGGUAUUAUAGUCCUGAUCAAAUGGGACUCUUAGAUCCUUCCACUUCGGACGGACGUGUUAUUUUCUUCUUACCAUGGCAGAGGCAGACAAUUGCUGGUACUACAGAUCUUCCUUGUGAUAUUACUCACAAUCCAAGUCCAACGGAAGAUGAAAUUCAAUUUAUUUUAAAUGAAAUAAAGAAUUACCUAAAUACUGAUGUUGAGGUUCGUCGUGGGGACGUUUUGUCUGCUUGGAGUGGUAUCAGGCCACUUGUAUCGGAUCCAAAUAAGGAGGACACACAAUCGUUGGCUAGAAAUCAUAUUGUUCAUGUGAGCCCAUCUAAUUUGGUCACUAUUGCUGGUGGAAAAUGGACUACAUACAGAGCUAUGGCAGAACAUACCAUCGAUGCAGCUAUUAAAGCUUGCAAUCUAAAGCCUGAGCGUCCGGAGGCAGUAACAUCUUACUUGAAAAUCGAAGGAGGACAAGGUUGGACUCCUACUAUGUACAUUCGCUUAGUACAAGAUUUUGGUCUGGAAUGUGAAGUAGCUCAACAUUUGGCAAAAUCUUAUGGAGAUAGAGCAUUCGCUGUAUCAAAAAUGGCAUCACUAACGGGAAAACGAUGGCCCAUCAUCGGAAAUCGUGUUCAUCCGGAAUUUCCAUACAUUGAUGCUGAGAUACGAUAUGGCGUUAGAGAGUAUGCGUGCACCGCCGUAGAUAUGAUCGCACGCCGAUUACGUUUAGCGUUUUUAAACGUUCAGGCUGCAUCAGAAGCAUUGCCUGUCAUUGUUGAUUUAAUGGGUGAAGAGCUUCACUGGUCUAAAGAUGAAAAGGAGAGGCAAAUAAAACUGGCUAACGAAUUCUUGGCUCAUGAAAUGGGCCAAAUGGUAAAUAGAACAUCAAAGGAAAGAAUACCAAUAAAGCUAUCCAAAGACGAAAUACAAACAUAUGUGAAACGUUUUCAACUCAUUGAUAAAGAUAAAAAGGGUUAUGUUUCAAUUAACGAUAUUCGCCGAGCUCUCAAGAGUUUCGGAGACGCUGACGUUUCAGGAGAACAACUUCAUGAGAUACUAAGAGAAAUUGAUACAAAUAUGAAUGGACAAGUUGAACUUGAUGAAUACUUACAGAUGAUGUCAGCAAUAAAAACAGGAGAUGUAGCUUAUUCCCGAUUUGCCAGAAUGGCUGAAUUAGAGGAACAAAAACACGAGGCUGCUCAACUUAAACAAAAAAUUAGCGUUGAUCGAUCCGGAGGUGGAUUAUAAGCGAUGUUUUUUCUUUUUUUCUGAAUUAAUUGUUAAACGAAAAAUAUAUGCAUCCAGAGUAUGUUCAUUAAAAAAAAAUGUUAAUAAAA